AUGGAAUACUCUGUUUUACAGAUUAAUUCCAUUGUCGACAUUGGAGCUUCGUACCAUUCUCAGUUUAGCGCGUUAGUCUAUGAAUUCGUCGAUGAUACCGGUUUCGAGCCAUUGCCUGAAAUGGAGCGAGGGCAAGGAUUAGACAAUAUCGAUGCAAAACCUCGACGUAUGCUGUCGUUCGCAGUGAGUGACGGAGAAACCGAUUUGAGAGCGAUUGAAUACUAUUCAAUAAAAAGCUUCUCCUUGCUCACCAAGCCGGGAUCGAAGAUUCUGCUCAUUCCACCCGUUUUAUGCAGGAAAGGAGUGUUGUUAUUGAAACCAACGAACGUUCAGCUUCUAGGUGCGGAAUAUUGGCGUCCAUCAGAGCAUUUCUUUAAUUGUGCUGAAGCGAUUUGCUCAAUGCUUACUCCAUAUUCAGGAGGUGAUGUCGAGUCGUUUUUCAUGUCCGGACGGCCUCUUCAAGUAAUGGCGGAGAAACUGAACGUCGCUAUACCACAAUCAAAAACACAAAACACAACUGUCCUUCGUGGAGAGUUGCGACAGAGUAAGGAACUCAAUGAACCUGGUAGUGGAACAGAACGCAGUAAAGGGAGUAAGAACAGUAAUACCAAGCCAGUAGUCAUCCCCAGUGGCCCGGAACCUCCUGUUCUUUGUGACGACGAUUACGAUUUCGAUCCUGCUGAGUAUGACCAAGGCGAACCACCCUGUGGUAUCGAGGAUGUCGAUAUGGAAGCUCAUGACUCGGUUGACCAGGUUGUUCCUGACAGUGUUUUGACUAUCAACACUAAUGAGAAUAGCAGGACAUCAGCUGUGUUUCCUGAUCACCCCAUUACCAGGAGUUCCGAACGCACUUAUACAAAGCCUGUGGCACAGAUUUCUCCUAUGACGUGCGAGCUGAGCAAGUCCGAAGUCGAGCCAAAGAAUCGUCGAUGUUCUAUAGAGCUUGAGGAAAGUCCACCUGAUUUUGACGCUGAACUGGCGAGGAUUCCGAAAAUAUCUCGCCUAACGUCAUCUGAAAAAGCGGACAAUCGUGGAAGGGAAGCUGAGGGACGCGAUAACCGCCCGGCUAAUCAUCAAUCUCCUAGUACAUCUGAAGACAGUGUCAACACUCGAAAACGCUCGUCAGCGGCCAGACCAUCGUUGAUAUCACUUUGUGAUUCACAAGCUGAGACAUCAGGAUUGAAGCAAAUACCCUGUGCUUCUUUUGAUCCAACUCGACGCCCUGUCAAAUUGGGAAUUCAAGGCUUUCUUCACACUGUAUCUCCUCCCACAGGAAGGCAAAUCAGAGAAAGGGAGACUACUUCAGAGAGCACGCGUAAAAAGGUGAAAGUCGAAGUGAUAGACAUAGAAGACGAUGACGAUGUGAUACAUGAUGCAGCGCCAUUGUCGUCUAACCUAACCCAGCCCUGUAGCAGCACUCAGACUGAGUCACAGACAGUGAAAUCUCCUCAGAUACUUAAUCGAAGUUUUCAGAGUGACAUAGAGAACGAUCUCGUGGUAAAAUUCAAAAAGUUGAACAUUGUGCGGAUAGCCGACGCAUCGAAACAAAUGCGUUUUGCCGUAGGGUCGUGUCGAAAGACUGUGCAGGCCAUCAUUGUGGAUAUCAUCGACUCGCUCAGAAUAGUAGAUGGACUGUGGACUAUGAAAGUCAGCCUUCAAGACGAGUCAGUCGACAGCUUCGUGUGCCUGAUAGACAGCCCUACGCUGUCAUCUCUUAUCGGCUUGACACCAGCGGAAGCGUUGGAGGUUCGUGCGUCCAACGAUAUAGAACGACGUAAGGAUGGUCAGCGUCGUUUGGGUGCAGUAGAAGAGCAACUGAAGCGGCUUGAUCUGCUCAUGGUUGUGGAGUUGUUCAGUGGCAGUCGUGCAGAUCCUGUGAUACGUAGCAUUCGAACGCUCAUGCAAGAACUUGACGUUUCAUAG